UAAAGAUCCGCUGUAGGGAGGCAGCUGAGCCAAUGAGACCAGUAAGGAUGGGCGGGUGAUAAGGAAAGCGGGAUCAAUGAAGAGGGCGGGAGGCAUCGCCGAUGGCGCGUCCAAUUUCCUGACCCCAACAGAAUCUGAGAAUCAGGAGGCCGCUGUCUUAGAUUGGCUGUUCAGAAGCGGACGAAGCAAGCCACUGCUUUGCCUAGGCCCUCACUCUCCCCGACCAGGAGCCCGGAAGUAGAAGUGACGGAUUCGGAAGUGGCCUGCUGUUGCCGAGGGGACGGGCCGGGCAGAUGCCAACAUGGCAGCGGUUGGGUCUGGCGGUUCCACUGCGGCGGCUGGGCCUGGGGCGGUCUCCGCGGGAGCAUUGGAGCCUGGGACCGCAAGUGCGGGUAAUGUGAAACACCUGGUUCUCUUCCUUCACGAGGCUGUCCUGGUGCAGUAUAUGGACACACUCAAGCUUGCAGUGCCCUCUCUCAUCUAUACUUUGCAGAAUAACCUCCAGUAUGUUGCCAUUUCCAACCUGCCAGCUGCUACUUUCCAGGUGACAUACCAGCUGAAGAUACUGACCACAGCACUGUUCUCUGUGCUCAUGCUGAACCGCAGCCUUUCCCGGCUGCAGUGGGCCUCCCUGCUGCUGCUCUUCACUGGUGUCGCCAUUGUUCAGGCACAGCAAGCCGGUGGUGGGGCCCCACGGCCACUGGAUCAGAACCCUGGAGUGGGCUUAGCAGCUGUUGUGGCCUCCUGUCUCUCCUCGGGCUUUGCAGGUGUCUACUUCGAGAAGAUCCUUAAAGGCAGCUCAGGCUCGGUUUGGCUGCGCAACCUGCAGCUGGGCCUCUUCGGCACUGCCCUUGGCCUGCUGGGGCUCUGGUGGGCCGAGGGCACUGCCGUGGCCCACCGCGGCUUCUUUUUUGGAUACACACCUGCUGUCUGGGGUGUGGUACUCAACCAGGCCUUCGGUGGGCUACUCGUGGCUGUUGUCGUCAAGUAUGCUGACAACAUCCUCAAGGGCUUUGCCACCUCCCUGUCCAUCGUGCUGUCCACUGUCGCCUCCAUCCGCCUUUUUGGCUUCCACGUGGACCCGCUGUUUGCCCUUGGUGCUGGGCUGGUCAUCGGUGCCGUCUACCUCUACAGCCUGCCCCGAGCUUCAGCCAAAGCCGGAGCACCCUCCGCUCCCUGCCCUCACCAGCAGCCUCCUGGACAGCCGCCACCCCCACAGCUGGCUGCCCGCCGUGGAGACCCCAGCACAGAGCCCUUCCUGCCAAAGUCAGUGCUGGUGAAGUGAGGGCUGGUGGCGGGGGGCAGGGGGCAGAAAGGGAGGGAGCCUGGGUGGAGAGUGUUGGCAUCUGCAGGACCUAGGUUGCCACUAAGGCCUGGCUCCCCUGGGGUUGUUAGAGUCUCUUCUCCCAGGCCAUGGAGACUCUUGGAGGGGCAUGGGACCAGGUGAGGUGUCAUGUGAACCCUUCCUUGUAGGCUGACCUACAAGGGAGCUUUUAGAGUUGCCUCCUCUGUUGCAGUCUAACCCCUUUGGGGACUCUGUUGGGGGUAUUGUCAUUUAAGGCCUUUUUUGUCUGCCCCACCUUGGCUGGAGGUGUCCUUUCAUGCCUGGGAGAUUCCCUCCCAACAAUCCUUCUACCUUUGUAAAGACAAACUGGACAAAAAUCCUGCAGCUCUUUAGUAAUGCCAUGCCUACCUGUGGGGUGAUUUCCCUCCCAUAGCUGAGGUGUUCUAUCCUCCACCACCACACUGGAUCAUGUCAGCAGCUGGGUUUUUUGUGGCCUUGGGGCAGCUUCCCUGGCAUGGAAACCCUUGGGAAAACGGGUCUUUUCCCAGGGAGAGAGAAAGGGGUGAGAGCUAAGAUUUUUGCAUCAGCCUAUUUUGGGGGAGGGUGCAGUAGGGGUCAUUAUUUUUUUAGUGGUGUGGGGAUUUGUGGUGUAAUCAGAUAAUUAAUGAUCUAGGGUUUGGGAAAAGCAGGGAGGGGAGGUCUUCAAGUGGCUGAAUCUCAUUGAAUCCAAGACACUGUUGGUUGCCAGAUGUAGGGAUUUUUUCUGAGACAUCCUGAGAGGAAAAAUAAAGCUGCCAACCAUACCCACUUUUGAUCUCCACUGGCUGUAUGAGGCACCCUUAUUCCUGAUAGGGGUGGGGGUGUCUUUAAAAAUUGCUAAAAUGUGGAACCUGCCCCAUGCACUCCCCAAAGCUUAUUAACCCCUUAACUGUUUCCCAGGAUAUGUAUGUGUGUGUGCUUGCGUGCCUGUGGGUGUGCAUAUACAUUUGCAUAUGGGAGAUGCCUGGGGCUGUCUUUGCCAUAUGUAAAUAGGGCCCUUGGAUCUUUAUUUUUGAUUAAUUUGUUCUGAUUUUUUUGGUUUGUUUUCUAAGGAACUGUAAUGAACAAAUGUCAGGAUACCCAAUGCUAAAUAAAGGUGUUGUAUUUAUUUA